AAAAAACAAAAUACUUAUCAGCAGCAUUGUGUCUGUAAAAAGAAAUGAAAUAUUAAGAUUGCCUACAUUUUUAUAAAUAUGUAUGAGAUUUUAGAAAAACUUCAACCCAUUCAACUUUUUGACAAUGAAAGUCACUUUUGAGGGGCAAGAUGGAAGAUUCCAUCAUCAUUGGUUGACACGGUCUAUCUCUCUCUAAGCCGUUCUGAAUGUGAAGAUUAACGUAUGGCCUUAAUGUCUGUUCUGUUUAAAACAUACUCUAUGACGAAAUACCGGUGUUUCUAUUACGCAGAGUCAGCAAAAUGGUGUGAGCGUCAAAUUUUAUUACGUCCACUGGACUUUAGAACUACACUUUGCGAGCGGUUGUGGUGUCUGUUACAAGUAUUCGGAUUUACUUUAAAUUGCAGCGUCUAUGCAAGGAAAAUGAGAGAGGUGAUAGCUAGCUUGUUGCUUCUCAUGGCGAGUCAUGUCGCCGCGCACUGUCCGUUGAACAUCCAUAUCGGCAACUGUUCGUACCGCAUCCUAUGUUACAACACAAUCAGCGACCUCAAGUUUGACGGCGACUGCGAAGGCUCUAGCAACUAUGACGUCAAGAUCGACAUCACUCUCCAAAAUGCCUCCGAUACAUUCCACAUUGGCGUGGACCCCGAGCUCCUUGCGACGAUCACAACGCUCACUGUCCACGGAAACUGGCCAAGAACUGAUCUAUCAUUUUUGGACAUGAUGUACAGACUCAAAAAUCUUUAUAUCAUCAAUAACAACAUACAGCAGAUCUCUAACAGCCCUUUUCGAAAUCUCGUUAAUAUCGAAAAUAUUGAUUUAUCGCAUAACAGAAUAGCAAACAUUGAAGACCUUUUCCAAUUUGAAAGUAGGCCAUACAAAAUGUAUUCACUAUCAUUAGCUUACAACUCAAUAGUAGAAGUACCCGGUGAUUCUUUUGGAGAGCUGUCUAGUAUACGCGAACUGGAUCUCUCCCAUAACUUCAUCAGAGAAUUGAAAGAAGAGCCUUUCUGCAACUUGACAAAUUUGCAUGUCUUGAAAUUAAACAACAACAGAAUCAAAGAUCUAAAUGGCGCGUUGCAUAACUUGCUUAAUUUGAGACACCUGUAUUUGAGAUCGAAUCAAAUAGAGAAAAUCGAUAUGGUGUCAAUAAAUACGAUAAAUCAUUUGGAGACGUUUGACAUAUCCAAAAACCACAUUGAAGUUAUAGAUCCAACGUUAUUCCCGAGACAUUGGAAUCAUUUUAGGAACGACUCAGUUUGUAAGAUCAUACUUGCUGAUAACCGUAUUGCACACGUGCCGAAUGCGUCGAUUGAAGUUUACGAACGAUACAGAAGAAAUUCCGAUUAUAAAUUUGUUUAUACUAAACUUGAUUUGUCAAACAAUUCGAUCACUCAUUUGGAAUACUACGCCUUCACUCUUAUGCUGCCCAUAUCGAUAGAUCUAUCUAAUAACAAGUUAACCGACUUUAUUGUAAACGCAGAAGAUCUUAUGUAUGUACAAUAUUUAAAUCUAAGCAGCAACUAUUUGAACAGGCUGUAUUAUGAAAGCUUUUCAGCUAUGCACAAUUUGCAUAACUUUGAUUUGUCACAUAACUACAUGGAAAAUUUUCCAGACCAAUCAUUGUCUAACACUCACAAUUUGAAAUACGUAAACAUUACAUACAAUGACAUUCUGGAAUUGCACAGUUUGAGAAUAACAUUCCAUCCCGAAGGUGGCUACUUAGACCUUUCGAACAAUGGUCUUUCAGCUCUUGUUAUACCUCAAAAUGAAGCCAUAGGAUUAAAGGAGCUAGCCCUUACUUUUAACAAUAUUUCCGAUCCAUAUCUCAUAAGAUUAACUGAUCAAAAGAAUCUGACAAGACUGGAUAUGAGCAAUAAUUUCAUCGUCGAGUUAGAUGAAUCGUCGCUACAGUUGCCUCAACAGCUGGACUAUUUAGAUUUGAGUUUCAACGAUAUUUACAGAAUUUCGCCAUCAGCUUUCUACCGAUUGACUAGUUUGCGAACAUUGAAAUUGUCGCAUAAUCAUCUAAAAAUUAUUGAACACGGCGUGUUUCGUGGGCUGUCCAUGUUAUUGAACUUAGAUCUUUCAUUCAACGAAAUUGGUCAAUUAGACUCCAAAACCUUUACCGAUUUGAAGAAACUGGGCAUACUGUCUCUGAGUCAUAAUGGUUUAAAUAUACUGGAUAAUGAAGGUUGGCUCUCUCAUGACCUAGAAUUGAUAGUCUAUCUGGAUGACAAUAAUUUGUCAUGCGAGUGGCUUGCCAAGGCAUUGAAUGACUUCAAGAGAGGGUAUUCUAAGAUGCAUCCCACCGUGUUUAAAACUGUAAUAACUGGGAACUCAAUCAAUGGCAUCCCGUGUAUGCAAGAAGUGCAGAAUUUGGAAAGACCAACCUCGAAAUACAUGACCGACGAGCGUCUUUUGAUAAUUUGCCAGAAAAUUUUAGAAGCAGUCCAGAAGCAAACAUCGCUAAUGAAAGAGUUUCGAUGGCAAUUAAUCCUUCAGGACGAAAAAAAGAAAUCUGCUCUAAACACUUAUAACACUAACAAAAUCUUUGACUUUUAAAUAUUAUGUUGGCUUUCAACAUUAUAAUUUGUAAUUCAUUCUUACUUAUUUUAUAAUCAUUUGUUUGUCUUAUAAAUGUAAUGACUUACUUUAUAAAUAAAGUAAUUUUAUCUU